AUGCAGGAACCAGAGGAAAAGAAAAUCGCUCUGGAGCUGCUGGAGACAGAGCAGGCUUACGUCAACCGCCUCCACCUUCUCGACCAGAUAUUCUAUGCAGAGCUGAUGAAAGAAGCCAAAAAUGGGAAAACAGUCCCAGAGGAGGUGGUGAAAAUGAUCUUCUCCAACAUCUCCUCCAUCUACCAGUUCCACGCCAAGUUCUUCCUGCCAGAGCUGCAGAAGCGCAUGGAGGAUUGGAGCUGCAGCCCGCGGAUUGGGGAUGUGAUCCAGAAGCUUGCACCGUUCCUGAAGAUGUACGGUGAAUACAUAAAGAACUUUGACAAGGCCCUGGAGCUCAUCACUGUCUGGUCGGAGAAAUCCCCGCCCUUCCAGGAGCUCAUCGCUGACAUCCAGAAGAGGAAGGUCUGCGCUAACCUAACGCUGCAGCACCACAUGCUGGAACCUGUGCAGAGGAUCCCGCGCUAUGAACUCCUCCUGAAAGAUUAUGUCCGAAAACUACCGCCUGAGUCCCCAGACCGGGACGAUGCAGAGAAAGCCCUGGAGAUGAUUUUUAUGGUGGCCAAGCACUCAAACGCAGCUAUCACCGAGAUGGAACGGCUGCAGAACCUCUGGACAGUCUAUCAGCGGCUGGGCCUCGAGGACGACAUCGUGGAUCCCUCCAACGAGCUGAUCAAAGAGGGGCCGAUCCAAAAAAUCUCCACCCGCAACAACAGCACAUCGGAGAAGUACCUGUUCCUGUUCAACAACAUGCUGCUGUACUGCGUGCCCAGGGUCAUCCAGGUGGGCGCUGAGUUCCAGGUCCACCUACGCAUCGAUGUGGACAGCAUGAAGGUGCGGGAGCUGAACGACACAGAGUUCCCUCAUACCUUCCUGGUCUCGGGAAAGCAGCGGACACUGGAGCUGCAAGCGAGGUCUGAGGAGGAAAUGAACGCCUGGAUCAAGGCCUUCCAAGAUGCCAUUGACAGGAAGGAGAAGAGGAGUGAGACCUUCAAGACAGCAGUGCCUGGGCUGGAGACCAGCACCCCCGCAUUGAAGACAGAGGAGCUGGGCCGCCGAGCCCCACAGUGGGUACGGGACAACGUGGUGACCAUGUGCAUGCGCUGCAAGGAGCCCUUCAACGCCAUCACGCGCCGGAGACACCACUGCCGAGCUUGUGGAUACGUGGUGUGCGCUCGCUGCUCUGACUACAAGGCCAAGCUCCCGUACGAUGAGAACCGCCUGAACCGCGUGUGCCAGGAGUGUUACGUCCUCCUGACGGGCCACGUGGUGCUUGAGGACCGGGAGAGGAAGCACAAAGGCAUCCUGGAGAAAGGAGCCACAGAAGUAUCAGACAAGAGCUUGCUGUGCGGUUCCCUGCAGCUGCUGGACAAGAACGGCAAGGGAGGCACGCGCGGCUGGUUCGUGAUCCCCCAGGAUGAUCCCCUGGUGCUGUACAUCUACGCAGCCCCCCAGGACGUCCGAGCCCACACCUCCAUCCCUCUGCUGGGCUACCAGGUACAGGACGUGCCCUGGGGCGACUCCCGGCACCUCUUCCAGCUGGCGCAGUCGGUCGGGCGGGUGUUCACCUUCGUGGCUGACAGGGGGGAGCUGAAGCGGCGCUGGAUGAGGGCCAUGGCGCGCUCUGCCGCGGGGAUCACGCACCCGGAGGAGGGCGAGGAUGCCGACUCCUGCGAUGAAGCAGAAUGA